GCGGGAUCCGCCCCCGCCCUUCGCAGCCAAUGGAAAAGCAGCAGGCGCCUGUGGCCGCUGCGCAGGCGUACGGGCUGCUGAAAGGUUCUGAAGGCGCCAUGGCGCAUCCCUACGCGCCAGUGGAGGCCGCGCUCGGUCCUGACGAGAGCUUCCUUUCGCUGGCCGACAUCCUUAUGUCGCAGGAGCGGCUGCCGUGCCGUGCCGAGGUCGCCUGGCCGCGCUUGGCUGCCUUCCUAGCCAGGGCCGACGCGGCCGCUGCGCCCGACAAGGCGCUCCCAGAGGGUUCAAAGUUGGAAAUCCCUCUCUGGUUGGUCAAAGGCUUGUAUGACAAGCGGAGGAUUCUUUCUGUGGAGCUACCAAAGGUUUACAAGGAGAGCUGGCGGACAGUGUUUAAUGCCGAUGCCAGUGUGGUUGACCUGCAUAAAUUGGGGCCAUAUUACUAUGGAUUUGGGACCCAGUUACUCAAUUUUGACAAUCCUGAAAAUACUGAAUUAGCUCAGUCCAUACUACAGACAUUUAUUGGCCGUUUUCGUCACAUCAUGGACUCUUCCCAGAAUACUUUCAAUGAGGACACGUCUGCGUUGGUGGCUCGGCUGGAUGAGUUGGAGCGGGCCUUAUUUCAGACUGGCCAGAAGAGACUCCAGGACUUCCAGUGCUGGGAAAUGGGUCAGGCCUCCCAGAUCACAGUAUCUAGCCUCAUCCAGAAUUACAAAAAGAGAAAAUUCACUGACGUGGACAGCUGAGAUCACAAAGUCUGGAGUCUCAACAUCUUUCUUAUAUUGUGGCGACCAAAACUAGAUGCAAGUGUGGUCUUACCAAGGUAUUACAAAGAGGUAUUAUAAAGACUUAUAAAGGAUUAUAAAAACUUACAACAUCUCAUAUAAAAUUUGAAACAAUUAAGAACAUAACUGAAUGGAGUUCCACGCUGGAGGCUGCUGCUGGAUUGAUGGCAAACUACCUCCCCAUCCCUUGCUCUCUGCUCUCCACCUGUCCAUCUUUCUGUUAUCAUAUUGACAUAUUCUUGUGUUCGUUUUCAUCGUUUAUUUUAUUCUGAUAUUUUACUUCUGUUUACACUCCUUUCAUUUUCUUCCUUUUUAUUUUUGUAAGCUACCUAGAGUAGCCCCACAGUGAGAUAAGUGGCAAUAAAUAAUCAUAAACAUAGAUGCCAGACAAAAACA